AUGUCGCGCGAGACUUUGUUCAGCCUCCGAUUGACUAUUCUUCCCCAGCUGCUUUCACCAGCAGUUCCUGGGCUAGGUGGAAGAUUGUCAAUACUGGAUCUCUUUCUCUUUGUUGCCGGAAUUGUUCUAUACAAACAUGAUCCCCAUGCUUUCAAGACAUGCGCACUCACUCUUCUCGCCGGCUGGUGUGAAGACCGACGAUAUCCUUGGACCAUCUCUGUGCCAUACCGCAUUGACGAGUCUAAUCGUCCUCUCCCCGACAAUGAUGAAGACGAUGAGGAUGAUCCGCCAAUUCCAGCUUCCGUAUACUCGUCCAUCCCAGCUCCCGUAUACUCGUCCAUCCCAGCGCCUGUAUCUGGCUCAAUUCUAGCUCCUGUACCUCCGCCGAUUCCAGCGCCUGUAUAUGGCGCCACUCCUCAUAGCUCCAUCAUUCGCCGGUCUGGACGUCUUCCAGUACCCACUGAGAAAGGACUGGCCUUCAGGGAUAGGCUCACGCAGGACAAGUCCCGUCUAACGCGUCAACGAGACAUCCGCACUGCUCGAAUCAAUGGCAUUCCUCCCCCACCUGGCAGCUGCACCACACCGGCACUCAUCAUCAUAACUCCCACUCAAAUGUCUAAUCCUCCCUAA